UCUCUUUGUUCCCGGCAUAGCGACGACGAUGUUUGCGGCGAGAGUACGAGCUUCCCUAAAACCUCUGUUCCACGGAAGACACAGCUCCUACUUAAGCCGAAACUGUGAAAUUGCAGCGACUUCGAGGCGUGUUUUACUUGAUAGAUACAAUGAUGGGGAUCGGACUCUGACUAGCUUGCGAUUACCUGGAAACAAACUUUUCCACGGCGCAUUUCAUAGUUCCCCACAGUCUUCUUCCUCCGAAACUGAUGUAGGAGUGAAAACUCGCACUCCUGCUGCGUUAUUUAGUUCUGUUGAGGAUGAUUAUUUCUCAGAGUUGGGUUCUGUAGAAAAAGACCAGAACCGGAAUGUGGUUGUGCAGCUGUUAACUAAGGUGCCAGAACCUUUUCAGGGUGAGGAGAAACCAAAGCUUUCUCAGAGUACUAAAGGCAGAAAGAAGAAGAAGAAGAAGAAGAAGAAGAAGAAGAAGAAGCAUGAACAAGCUUCUGAACCAAUUUCCAAGCCAAAGUUGCUGACUGAAAAGCCUGAAAUUUCUUGGAAAACUAAUGGCGAGAGGAAGACCGAAGCAGAUGCGUCUUUGCCAGAAAGAAAUGUUACGGAUUCAUUCUCCAAGCCAAGCAAGUCAUCGUCUUCGAUUCCACAUCACGAAUCCAAGGCUCAAAACAUAAUCAGUCCCAGUUCCGAGGAGAAGAUCGAAACUAGCUCCAAGGGUUCUUCUACCUCCAGUUCACAUUCAAAUCAUCCCUCUUUGACUGUCGUUUUAAGGAUUGGUAAUCUAAACUCGAAAACAACUGAUACAAUGAUACACUCGAGGUGCUUGUCGAUUGGCUGGCUUGAAGGGCUUGCUAGGGUUAAUGAGGAAAGUGUUGACGUUUCGUUUCGAGCGAGAAACAUGAACGAAGUAAAUUCUAUACUGGAAAAGCUAAACAGUGCAACCGUAGAUCACUCUCAAUGGAUGGCUGAGAUUGUACCAGAAGCUGAAGAAGCUUUGAGGGAUCAAAUGGGAAUGAGGAUGAGUAGCUGUUUCGACGAUCUUGAGAAGCAACUGAUGAUGCGGCGGAUUCUUGUGAAAGACUUGGAAAUUCUGGUGCAUUCGGUUAUACAUCUGGAGAACCAUCCAAUGGCUCGACAAGGAACUAAUGCUUUAGGGUGUUCUCAAGAAGCCUAGUGGCGCUUUUGGGUUUUUGUUGAUUCUUACAGUCACCUUAAUAACUGAUUGAAUUGGGGGUUAAAUUAAUGAUUUAUGAAAGUAACCAUCUUCAUUCAGAGA